AUGAGUGAAUGUUUGAAAUAUCAAAAACCAAAUAAAGAUUGCAUGGAAUAUGCAAUUAUUUCACACAACAUUGAUUAUGUUACAUUCUUGAUGAAUGAGCACAAAAUAAAGAUCAACUUAAAUAAUUGCGGAAAACAUAAGAAUCUUGAAUCGUUUUUAGUUUGCUUCGAUCAAACUGAUGAUGGUGACAAAUGCUUUAUUUAUUCAGCAUAUUUUGGCAUAGCUUCUCUUUGCGAAUAUUUCCUUUCACUUGGCGCGGAUAUCGACGAAAAAGAUAUCAAUUUUUUCUCGAAAUCUAGCCUUGAAAUGUAUAUUAAUUUUACUAAAUAUAAGUAUUAUAUUAUAUGCUAA